AUGCAGGUGACGAGCUUCUUCCCGCUCGUCUUCGCUGCCCUGGCGGCGGCGGCCGAUCCGCUCGGUACCGUGCUCAAGGCGAACAAUGGCACAUUGAGCACUUUCAGCUCCCUCUUGGCCAUGGCCCCAGGCCUCAGCCAAACCCUCGGCAAAGCCGUUGACAUCACCAUCCUCGCGCCCUCAAACACCGCCUUCGCCAAGGCAAUGGAGAUGGACCCCACGUUCUCCCAAAAGGCCACCAACGCGACCUUCGUCGCCGACCUCCUCAUGUACCAUGUCGUCACCGGCAAGACUCCCGCCGCCUCGUUCCCUGAGACUCCCAAGUUCGCCGAGACCUUCUUCGAGAUUCCCUCCACCAACGUUACGGGGAACCAAAAGGUCGAGCUCUCCAGGAAGGGCGAAGAGGCUCGGGUCUUCAGCGGCUAUAAGCAGUUGAGCGUCGUCACGAACCCCGACAUCGCCUUCAUGGGCGGGGUGCUGCACAUCGUCGACUCGGUCCUGACGUUCCCCGGAACCCCCGCCGAGACUGCCAUGAACACGGGCCUGACAAGCAUGGCGGGUGCGUUGAUGCAUGCUGGGUUGGUGGAUAGUGUCGACUCGCUGCAGGCCGCGACUGUGUUUGCGCCGACCAACGCGGCUUUCCAGGCCAUCGGCGCCACGGCCGCGUCCAUGGAGCCGCAGGACCUCGCCAAGAUCCUCCAGUACCAUGUCCUCACCAACCAGGUCCGCUUCAGCUCGGCUGUGACGAUGACGAAGAUGGCACACAAGAGCUUGAAUGGCGAGAAGGUUACGCUGCGAAAGCAGGACGGGUCAGUUUAUGCCAACUCGGCUAAGGUCACAAUUGCCGAUAUGAUUACUACCGACGGUGUCAUGCACGUCAUUGACAGUGUCCUCAACCCUGCAUCCCCUAAAUUAACACCCGGCACUUCAACGCCCGCCUUUGCGGGUGCCGUCCAGGCCGCCAAUGCUCCCUUCACCGAGAACGUCAAUCCAACAGCCAACUACGUUCCGGCAUCGUCAGGUGCGGGAAGCUUCAGUGUAUCUCUUAAUCAUGCCAUGCUCGUAACUCUUGGUUGUUUGGCAGCUGUGUACCUGUAA